CUGCAAAGCCUUGUUCCCCCCUUUCCUGACUCCAUUAUCGUUCAAAGCGCUGAGCAGCCAUCGCCAACAAUCAAAGGAAGCUCCAAGAAGGCGCCAAGCUAUUUGAGAAGAACUAGUGGGCAGGUUUUCAUCAGGCAAAACAUCCACGCGCGCGGAGCAAUUCAUUGUCUGUAAUCCUUUUGAGGGGGGGACUGCAUGGCGGCCAUGGCUGCUCUCAAGGGGAUGACCACAGUCGUAACCAGGACUGUGGUUCAAACAGCUCGGGUGGGACCGAUUGGGAGCUCUUCUGUGCUUAGAACGACCGUGGCUGAGGAAGCGGACUCUGUGGUGCUGAGUGAGAGGUUUUUGCACUGGUCGGGCCCCCUGCCCGCAGAUGCCUCUGUGCCUGAGGCCUCAGCCUCUGCCUCUGAGGGAGCCGACAGGGGAUAUGAUGACCACGCGUCUGUGGAGCACUACGCAAAGAAAGACACAAAGGACUUGUACGGAAAGCCAUCGAACACGGGUGAAGCGACUGAAAGGGCUGCAAACACAGAUAUGCAACACGGUGCCGACGAAGAGACUCUGGAGAAAACAGGCUUUGACAUGUCGAAAAUGAGUAGGCCAGCAGGAGAUGAGUAGGGACCGUCCUCAAAGACCUUCAUUUGUUCUUCGUGCUUUUUGCUUUGACAGUAAAUUUGGGCGUAAAAUUGGAUCUGAGCUUUGACCGAUUGUAUAGUAGCACGGUGCGCGCUAGCCUUCGUCUUCUUUAGAUCGAUGUAUAGACGAACCUUCCGAGGACAGGAAAAGUCAAUCGUAGACGGUUGACCUACCAUCAGUACGACGUCGUAUCGACUUCGUCAAGCAUGCGAAAACUGAAAUUGCUGCAAAUGGUACACGUGAAAUGCGCUGUAUUCCCAGU